AUGUUGGGCUGUAUAGUGGAAUCUUGUCACACUUGGGCGUGUAUAUUGGUAUGGGGCACAUCUGGUCUCCUUGCUUCGGCAGCGGUUUGUACUCACUUAUCCGUCCGGACCUCAUAUAAAGAGAGUCUCCCAUGCCACGAAAAGGAGCCUAAGUCCGUCGUUUGGAGCAGUCAGCUACUCUUCCUACCAGUGAGCCGGCGUUUCAUCAUAAUGGUCCUGCGAAAGCUGUCGUCCCCCUCGUUAGAGGCGCUCUGUUCGAAGGAGCAGAUCGAGCUCUUGGACUCCAUCGAUCAUCUCCGUCUCCAGGGAAUCAAUCACUACAUCUCCUUGCCUCAGAUUAUCGUCUGCGGCGAUCAGUCGUCUGGUAAGAGCUCCGUGUUGGAAGCCAUAUCCGGCGUCUCUUUUCCCAUCCGGAGCAGUCUUUGCACCCGAUUCCCAACGGAGCUCGUUCUACGCAAGAGUAGCCAGGUCGGCGUGUGUGUGUCCAUUGUCCCACAUCGGUCUCGUAGCGAAUCCGAACGGGAGGCGCUCGCCCAAUUCCACGAGGAGCUUGAUAGCUUUGAGGGUCUUCCUCAAUUGAUCGAGAACGCAAAGUCUGCCAUGGGCAUUUACACCAACGCCAAAUCCUUCUCGAAUGACCUUCUUCGGGUUGAGGUAUCCGGGCCAGACCGUCCACAUUUGACCAUUGUUGAUCUUCCGGGCUUGAUCCAUUCCGAAACAAAACAGCAGUCGGCGGCGGACGUUGAAUUGGUCCACGACGUGGUGAAAUCCUACAUGGAGGAGCCACGAAGCAUCAUCCUUGCUGUGGUAUCAGCAAAGAACGAUGUUCCUAAUCAGAUUGUCCUCAAGCUUGCCCGUGCAGCAGAUCCGCACGGCACCCGAACUCUGGGCGUUAUCACAAAGCCCGACACCUUGGUCCGCGGCUCGGACAGCGAAGCCCAAUUUGUGUCUCUUGCCAAAAACCAAGAGGUCGAAUUCCGCCUAGGCUGGCACGCUCUAAAAAAUAUGGACACCGACAAGGGCGCAUGGACGCUUGCAGAGCGAGACAAAGAGGAACAUGCCUUCUUUGCGUCAGGCGUUUGGGAGGCUUUGCCGCGGUCCCACGUUGGGAUCGAUCAAUUGCGGAAGCGCCUGAGCAAGCUCCUCCUGGCUCAGAUAGCCACGGAAUUACCCAGUCUGAUGCAGGAGAUCAAAGCGAAGCUCGAAGAUUGUUCGCAGAAGCUGGAAAAGUUAGGAGAGCCACGCACGACGGAGGAAGAACAGAGGUCCUAUCUUUUCCACUGCAGUCAGUCUUUCCAGAAUCUCGUAAAAUCGGCAGUGGAAGGAACCUAUAGCGACCCUUUCUUCGAGAAUGCAAAGUCCGAGACCGGGUACAAGAGGAGACUGCGCGCCGUUGUGCAGAAUCUGAACGAGCAGUUCACGUCUCGCAUGAAACGGCGGGGGCAUUAUUACGAGAUUGAUGACGAGGACGAUGAGAACGGAGAAUCGUUGGGCGGCCAAGUUUUCAUUUCACGGGAGCACUACAUUCGUCAUGUUGAAAACCUCCUGCGGCGAACGAGGGGAAAGGAACUCCCGGGUACUUUCAACUCGACGAUUGUCAACGACCUGUUCCUCGAGCAAUCUAAGCCGUGGGAGAAACUUACAUCGGAGCAUGUUCGGGAAGUGUGGGAGGCCGCGAAAGCCUUCGUCAAGAUCGCGGUGACCGAAGUCACUGAUAUGAGCACCUCCAGCGCCAUUCUGAUGGAAGUGUUCGACCCGAGUCUCGAUAACAUCCUGAAAUCCCUGGAGCACAAAACCGGCGAGAUGUUCCGCGCUUAUCGAGAAGGUCACCCCAUCACCUACAACCAUAGCUUCACUGAUAGCCUCCAACAAACGCGGCAGGACAUUUUGAUGCCCAGGCUCUCCUAUGCCAUUCGAAGAUUCUUCCAAGUACCUCAGCUCACCUCCUCGCAAUGUCUGGAUGAUACUUUCGACCUUCUUCAUCUCCGUGAUAGCUUGAUGGAGUCUUUGAAGGCAGACACGGCACGCUUCGCUGCACUGCAGGCUCUAGAUUGCAUGAGAGCAUACUACGAGGUCAGGCGACUAGCAUGGUGA